CUCACGUUCGCGGCGUUAACCCCGGGCUUUUGUGUUUCAUGGGCUAUUUAAUAUUCCAUUCCACGCCUCCACCAAACAUUCCAAUUCCUGACACCAUUGAGCUGGUACUCUCGUCAACGAAAUGCUCACGAGAGCAUAUCAACUGGCCGAUUGUGAAGGUACAAAGGGCGUGAGAGUAUCAACAAACGAGACGACCAUUGUCAAAGACAGAAUCCUCUUCUAUACAUCUGAGGUGAUAGACUACAACAAGGUUCCAGUGUAUACACACGAACAGAUGGCACACCCCCAGAAAUGUAGAUUCAGGGAGGACAAUGAAACGAUGGAUGGGGGCUUUACAUGGACCCGAGGAUUUUACCAAUUACCUGAUGCAUGUACAUCUUGUACACAGGGGGCCCCUAUAUACACGUCGUCUAAACCCUCCAGGUCCACUUGGCUUGUUCAAAUGAGGUACGGUUACUGGAAGGGGGAGAUAGAACGCGCCUGGAAUUUCACUGUCGUAUCGAUCCCAACCACUGUCUAACGCAAGAUGAUAUCCAUUUGGGGAUCCAAUGGUGCGAUUCACCGGAUCAAAACUAAGGACGAAUGGGUUUACAAUAAUUUGGUGGGCUGUAAUGAGAGCUGGGAAUUUUUUUCUGAAGAGAAGUUGAGAAAUAGAGAUUUUUCAGAUGAGGAGAGUGAACAUUUUGUUGGGUUGGGAACAAUAGGGUUGAUCCCCUGGGUAUAAUUAUGUUAAUUAGUUAUUCAGACGAAGUUAUCUAUUCAUGGAAAUUAAUGGGAAAUUGAUUUUUUAUUGAAUAGUGUACAGUUGGUGGUGUUUGACUUGAGGAAUGAGGUGGAAGUGAUGAGAUUGUUAUGAAAAAUGGAGAUCGCAAUCGCAAAGAGCAAUCGAAGAUUAGCAUCUUAAUUUCUGCAAUUUGCAUAGCUCAAGUUAAUUCCUGGGAAUAAAAAUCGUCGUCUUCUCGGCAUUUUCCCAAACCCAACAUUACCGAGUCUCCCAUUAAUUCCCUCGAUCUUCCCUGAUAAAAAUUGCAUUAUUAAUAUUCCAGACAAAAGUCUAGUUCAUUUGCAUACACACGUUCUAAUUUCGCACUCAUCUCUAAUGCAUACAUUCUAUUCUCAAUGUAUUCUGCAUAUGCACCACUCACCCUCAUUCUCGGAAAUGACAAUAUUCCGAGUAGCAAUAUACCUCCCACACCCAAACCCCAAUAGCCCUCCGAGACACUAUAAUAGUUUAAAUAACUUCUUAAAAAUUGAUUGAACGUCAUGGAGGCAAGUGGAUGGGUACAGGAGACAUUCCGAGGAAAAUUUCAUCCUCUAAAUUUAAGAUAUGGGAUAGAAAAUUAAUUUUAUCUGCCACCUAUGUGGUUGGAGACAAAAAUUGUUUAAAAUUUCAUGUGUCCAUGUGGUGACUUCAGGUUAUUUUUCGAUUUUUCCAAGAAAAAAUAA